AUGGUGAGGGCGUAUACUGUGGGUGCCUGCGGGUUCCCCUGCGCCGUGAAGGCGAUCCGGCGACAUUUAGUGAUGGUGACGGUGCAAGGGUUCGUGGACGCAAGACGUGUGACGUCGCCGGCGGACGAAAAAACUACGUUGCCCCUGCCGCGGGAGGAGGCUGAUGCACCUCUCCUGCAAGUGUUGAUAGAGCAGCGCUAUACUGGAAAUGAAGUAAUCAUUGCUACGAGAAGUCAGAAGGCACUCCGUGCAUAUGUUCUUUGCCUCCCGAAAGUGAAGGGGAAACUCACCACCAACGGGAAACUCAACGAGAAACGUCAUGAGGACGAGAAAGAUCAUGAGGACGAGAAAGAUCAUGAGGACGAGAAAGAUCAUGAGGACGGGACACGUAGCGAAGACACAGACAAGCCAAGUGUGCACCUUAUCUUUAGUUAUCCAAUCGGGUCUGGUCCUUUGGCGGUGAGUAUGGCACUGAAGCCUGGAGGCGAGGUUUAUUGCGCGCUGUUUUCUGACGACACCAUUGUAGUGUGGAAUUUAAUUGAGCAAGAGGUUCUAAGAAGGAUCAAACUAAGAAGGGAGAAGAUCAAGGAGAUGACGCAGCGUGACAGGUAUCGUGAGACUUGUCGACGUCGCGUAUGUCUUCCACAAAAGUGCUGGCAUUGCACAGACUUGAGGUUACGUGGUUUGGCCGGUUCGCUCGAUGAGGAAAAUUCUGCGGGAGUGCGUGCACUGAAUAGCGAGGCAUUCUGCGUAGUCAACUGGUGUGGAGACGACGAAGUAUUACUGGGAGGGCGCAGCUUGUGGUGUUUGAAUUUAGUUACGGGAUUGACUACUAGUAGAUGGCCGGCGACGAUGAAGGAGGAUCGUUACCGAAAACUUGUUCAUUUCGACCCUACAGAUGAUUUCGGUAUUACUGCUAUUGGCCUUCAUCCCAACGCACCUUGGUUAGUGGCUGUCGUGGCCUGUGCUACCUGCAAGGUGUACAUCUUUGACAUUCGGUCUCGUCCCUUGCUACCCCUAGCUACCUUACCCUUACCUGAUAAUUACCAGAUGGCCGGCAUCCAUACUGAAGUCAAAUGGGUCAUGUCGUAUGAAGCACUCUGGUACGAUCUUCAUCUCCGACUCAUUUAUAAACAACUUGCUCCAAGCUUCCCCUAUAAUCGAUAUUUCCGAUGUCCAGCAUCAUUUCCACCAUCGUUUCCAGUCCAGAAAAACAGAGGAAGCUUCCUGCUCCUUUCGGCAAACCAGAAUGACGCCCAGGGACUGAAAUUCAUGACCCCGUAUUAUGCUAUACCACCGCUGAAUAAGCUCAGCGGAUGGGCUGGCGAUCAUGACGAUGAAAUCGUGCCCUUUGGCUUCUGCUUGAAUGAAUAUAUGCCAUGGUAUUCCGGACAACAUUACGUCGUCAAUCUCAUUCGUCCCCCAGGAGACAUUGGUUUCUAUAAUGCUCUCAGAUACAAGAUCAACACCAUCACCGAAAUCGGGUACAUCAUACACUUAAAAAAUACAAUGCGCGAGGAUAUCGAUGCGCGACCAACCACAGGAGCCAGAAAAUGUGUUCACACUCUCUUGGAGUCCAUUGAUCGCUUAUAUGAGAGUCGAUCACUAGCAGAUCAAUCGAUCAUUCCUGCUGAGUCCGCUAGCCGGAUUGAGUUAACUCCACAAGAUGCCACAAUUGAAAAUCCACAUGAUGAUAGGUCACAUGAUGAUAGGUCACAUGAUGAUAGGUCACAUGAUGAUAGGUCACAUGAUGAUAGGUCACAUGAUGAUAGGUCACAUGAUGAUAGGUCGCAUGAUGAUAGGUCACAUGAUGAUAGGUCACAUGAUGAUAGGUCGGAAGACGGUAAUGUUGGGUCUAUGAUUGGAGAGACUCAAUUUGACCAAAUUUUCGGCAUGACCCAGGACGAAUUUGGUAGUGGACUGGUCAAUGGGAAUCGCGAAACCGGCAGUGGCGACGAACUUGCGGGGGUUGAUGAACAGCUGGUGAGCGGUUGUCUAGGAUCCUUGGAUGCGAUUUCCUUUCGACUGGACGACCACAGUUGGGCUGAUAAAUCCCUGGCGCCGAAUCCUCUAACCAUUCCCCGCGCUGUGUGCUGUUGCGGUUUGGAUAACGAUCCCAUGUUUCACACGUACCGUCCACCUGAAUAUGCUGACCCUAUCGGCCCCGUUAAAGGGACGUGGAAAAUCGAUCCUGCCAUUGUGGGCCAACCGGUUCACACAGCAACCAGUGUCAGCCUGUUGUAUAGACCACCACACGGGCAGUUCAAGAACAGCUCAACCGAUCUCCUUGAUUCAAUUCUGGGAGUGGGGGAAGACGCGAUUGGGGAACAACGGUCGUUUGCAACAGGGAAAGAAGAGGGGUCGUCCUCGUCGCAAGCGUCCGAGGCUGGAGAGGUAGACCGAGGAAAUAUAUGCACGGCUGAUCCAAGGCUGUGUCUGCGGGGUCCCUCGAGAGCGUCUAGAGGAGUGGUGAAGGAUUUAACGGAAAGCGGCCCAGACCCGAAGUUCAGGUUGACUGUAGGCGGGUUGGGCUUGCGGAUCAACGGCCAUCUGGUUAAUGCGGUCGUUGGCUCUUGGCCGGAGCAGUACAAACGAUCAUCGGCAAAUUCGUUCACUCCCCUCCUGGUGAAUGUGGAGGUAGGUACUGCAAAGCGUUGGGCUGAAAUAAAGACAACCACGUCCGCGACGAAUGUUAUUAUGGGCCAGACACAAGAGUUCGGGACGGAGGAACCAGAUGAGGAGCAAGAGGGUGCUGAAGGCAUAGGCGACGAUGACGGUGAUUAA